GUCUCGGAGAUUGUUGCUGUUGAGAAUCCAGAGAGACCAGGAGUCAUCAGCCCAAGUUUCAGCCAUAGCUUGCCUGAGUCGCCUCUCUUUCUCUCUCUCUCCCACACUCUCUCCCCAUAACAUUUAUCCAAAAUGCAGCUGUCUGCCCUCUUUGUCUCCCUGCUGGCCGUCGUCGCCCAGGCCGCUCCUGCCGGCGAGCUCGAGAAGCGCUCCACCACCUGCGGCAGCACCUACUACUCGACAUACCAGAUCAACGCUGCGCGUAAUGCUGCCUGCAUCCACAUCCGAGCCGGCACCACAGCUGGUGGCUCGACGUACCCUCACGCCUAUAACAACUAUGAGGGCUUCCGAUUCCCCAUCAGCGGUCCUUAUCAGCUCUUCCCUCUCCGCACCAGCAGCGUGUACAACGGCGAAUCGAACCGUGAAGGCGCCCCUGGCCCUGACCGUGUCAUAAUCAACAGGAACUCCUGCGAUAUUGCUGGCCAGAUUACCCACACUGGCGCACCGGGUAACGCCUUUGUCGGCUGUUCCGGCACCUAUUAA